CAUGCCUACAGUAGGUUUAAUUAUCUAUUUUACAUUUUUAAAGCACUACCAAUUCAUUUCUAUUAUCGACGAUGAAGAAAUACUUUCAACCCUCGUUCGUCAUUUUGAUUAUCUUCACCGUUCUUGUGUUAGGAGUGGUGGGAAAUAUGAGUGUUGACCAAAAAAGAUGUUGGGCGACUCUAAAAGAAAACAAUUGUGUUCACGAUGAGUGUCGUUCCAUGUGCUUAAAGAAAAAUCCAAAAGGACAUGGUAGAUGCAUUAAAUCAUCCAAGGGACGAAUUAUUUGUUUAUGUGGUUACGAUUGUCCUUAAUAACUAUUUAUUUACAAUAAAUCUCAAACCAUACUCACCAUUAUUAUUGUUAUCAUGUUACAAUAUAGAUUUAAAUAUAGUAAUACAUCAUCUAUAUAUACUAGGUUUUGA